GGAGCCACGCUGGUGCUGCAGGCGGUGCUGUUCUUCCAGGGCGCGGACUUCGACGACGCACAGGAGCCGACCGCAGGCGCAGGCGUCUCGCCACAGCCCCGCGGCCCGCCGGCGGCGGGCGCGCCGGCCGCCGCGCGGGCCGCCAUCGCGGAGGGCGCGAUGCCGCGCCCGACGCCGGCGGUACGCCUGGCGGAUCUUCUUCCACAUCCCGAAGUGCGCAGGCAGCACGUUCGAGAAGCAUUUUUUCAGAAGCGCCAUCGGGGCGAACAUAUCUAUCCUGAAGCCGUGCGUCCACACAGGCAAGCCGACCGUUUACUCGACCAUAGGCUACGACCACUACCCUGCAGGCUUUGAUCCGGACAGCGAGCCGCUCCAGUGCGGCCUGAACGAGAGGGAGAGCUGUAAGAAGGGCCGCCGGGCGGAGGUCAUUCGCAUCUCGAUCGCCUGCGCAGGACGGAAUGAUCAUCGGCCACUUCCGGCCGGCGAUGGUCAACAACAUCCUCUGCGCUCAGCGGUCGAUGCGCUCGCAAGGUGGCGGGUUAAUGUCGACCCCUGCGUAUGGCUACACAUGCGCGUCUGCGGCAGACGCUUUCUGUUCUUGCACGGAGCGGCUGGGCUUGCAGAAGGACCGGACCGCCAUGACCUGCGCAGUGUCGAUACGGAGGGAAAUGGGGGGAACCCUUGGCGCGAGCAUUAUCUCACCAUUACCAUUUUGACUACGAGAAAAAGCUGGACCGACGGGUCGCGGAGAUGCGACGCAUAUAAAUGCCGGAAAUUCUCGGACCUUCCUAUUCGAGAUCAGUUAGAGGAGUUAUCACGGGAACUGGCGGCAAUGUACACCUCAAUUGGUUGACACAAGAGUCGUGGCACACGCCGUUGCGAUGGAUGGUCGGACGGCGCAUCAUGGAGUGGAUUGGAGACGGCCUGAUGGUCUUGAAGCGCUGCGCGGUCGCCAUAGUCGACCGGUGGGAGGAC